AGCGAGAUUAGCGCUGGUUAGCUCCUCCUCUGCUGUUUACACUCAUAGUUGCUUUCCCUCUCUCACUCCCUCGAAGCUAACCGAAUUCACCGAAAAUGGAUUAAUCCUCCUCCAAAAUAUGUCCCCAGGCACAAUGACAAAACGAUGAGAUCUCUCAUGAAGAUGUUUCCACAAUCAGGGAAAUCGAUUAUCUUCGACACAUUUCCUGAUCCGACAGAUACCUGGGAGAUCAUCGAGACCAUCGGGAAAGGGACUUAUGGCAAAGUCUAUAAAGUACUCAACAAGAUCGAUGGCAGCAAAGCGGCUGUCAAGAUACUGGACCCCAUCCAUGAUAUCGAUGAGGAGAUUGAAGCAGAAUACAAUAUCCUCAAGGCUCUCUCUGACCACUCCAAUGUGGUUAAAUUCUUUGGGAUGUACUACCAGAAGGAUGUCAAAAACGGGGACCAGUUGUGGCUAGUUCUUGAGCUCUGCAAUGGAGGUUCGGUGACAGACCUGGCCAAAGGCAUGCUGAAGAGAGGGGACAGAAUGGAUGAGGCGAUCAUUGCCUAUAUCAUACACGAGGCCCUCACGGGUCUCCAUCACCUGCACAUCAACAAGACCAUCCACCGGGAUGUCAAAGGCAACAACAUCCUACUGACCACACAAGGAGGGGUGAAGCUGGUGGACUUUGGUGUUUCGGCCCAGUUGACGAACACUCGUCUCCGUAGGAACACCUCGGUGGGAACACCUUUCUGGAUGGCGCCGGAGGUGAUUGAGGUGUCUGGGUGUGGAUUUAACUGUGUGUAUCGAUGCUCUGUCUGUGUUAUAGCGUGUGAGCAGCAGUUGGACUCCACGUAUGAUGCUCGCUGUGACGUCUGGUCCCUGGGCAUUACUGCCAUAGAGCUGGGAGAUGGAGACCCGCCCCUCUCCGACCUCCAUCCAAUGAGAGCUCUCUUCAAAAUCCCCAGAAACCCUCCCCCUACCCUGUACCAGCCGGAGCUGUGGUCGGACCACUUUAACGACUUCAUCUGCAAAUGUCUGAUCAAGGACUUUGAGCUGAGGCCUAACGUUCUAGACCUGCUCCAGCAUGUGUUCAUCAGACAGAUUGUAGGCCGAGAGAGGAUCCUGCAGAAACAGCUGAUGGAACUCAUAGACCUCAACCAGCAGAUAGGAACCACUGGGAAGACAAGCCAUCAUGGAAAGACAGACAGAAGCACAGACAGUAACGACAGGCAUGAGCGCAUCCACACCAAGAAAGGUGGUCAAAUUAUGUCAUCAAGCCCCACCCCCGACGAAGUGGAUGACCUUGUCACCCUGGAAGUACUUGAUGAGAAUUCAGUCACAGAGCAGCUUCAGAGGCGCUAUGCCAAGGACCAGAUCUAUACCUACGUUGGAGACAUCCUCAUUGCAGUUAACCCAUUUCACAAGAUGGAGCUGUAUAGCCCACAGUACACAAAGAUGUACAUAGGAGCGAAACGCACCGCGAACCCGCCACACAUCUUUGCUGUCGCUGACAUAGCCUACCAGUCCAUGGUGUCAUACAACGCAGACCAGUGCAUUGUAAUCAGUGGAGAGAGUGGUGCAGGAAAGACAGAGAGCGCCCAUCUAUUGGUCGAGCAGCUCACGGUGCUUGGAAAGGCCAACAAUCGAUCACUCCAAGAGAAGAUCCUAUUGGUCAAUAACUUGGUGGAGGCUUUUGGGAACGCAUGCACCGCCAUCAACGACAACUCCAGCCGUUUCGGGAAAUACCUGGAGAUGAAGUUUACCUGCGGGGGGACCGUUGUCGGAGCGCAAAUCUCAGAAUACCUCCUGGAAAAAUCCCGCGUCGUCCAUCAGGCCACAGGUGAGAAGAACUUCCACAUAUUCUACUACAUCUACGCUGGUUUAGCUGAGCGGAAGAAACUUGCCCACUACAAGCUAUCAGACAGCAAAACCCCGAAGUAUCUGUUCAACGAGCACAUUAAAUUGGGCCCUGACAUAGUGAACAACACCUUCUACAAGGAGCAGUUUGACUCGGUGGAACAGUGUUUCAAAGUCAUCGGCUUUACCCUGGAGGAGCUGGGCAGUGUGUACAGUACUCUGGCUGCUAUCCUGAACUCAGGCGACAUUGAGUUUACCUCCGUGGCCUCCGAGCACCAAACCGACAAAAGCAACAUCUCCAACAUAGCAGUUCUGGAGAAUGCGGCGUCGCUGCUGUGUAUCCGUCCAGACGAGCUCCAGGAGGCCCUGACGUCCCACUGCGUAGUGGCCCGGGGCGAGACCAUCGUCAGGCCCAACACGGUGGACAAGGCCACGGAGGUGAGGGAUGCCAUGGGCAAGGCCUUAUACGGCAGACUCUUCAGCUGGAUCGUCAACCGCAUCAACACCCUGCUCCGACCCGACACACACCUAGGAGAGGAUGACAAGGGCCUGAACAUUGGCAUCCUGGACAUCUUUGGCUUUGAGAACUUCAAGAGGAACUCGUUUGAGCAGCUCUGCAUCAACAUCGCCAACGAACAGAUCCAGUUCUACUUCAACCAACACAUAUUCGCCUGGGAGCAGGACGAGUACCUGAAUGAGGAUGUGGACGCCAGGGUGAUUGAGUAUGAGGACAACCGUCCUCUCCUGGACCUGUUUCUGCAGAAGCCCAUGGGCAUGCUGUCACUGCUGGACGAGGAGAGCCGUUUUCCCCAAGCCACCGACCAAACCCUUGUAGAAAAGUUUGAAGACAAUCUGAAAUCCAAAAACUUUUGGAGACCAAAAAGGGUGGACCUUGGCUUUGGAAUUCAUCACUAUGCUGGAAAGGUGAUCUACAACGCUGCAGGCUUCCUCUCUAAGAACAGAGAUACACUACCGGCAGAUAUUGUUCUUCUACUGAGGUCGUCAGAAAAUCAGCUGAUUCGCAAACUGGUCACCCACCCGCUCACCAAAACAGGUAAUUUGGCCCACACAAAGGGUAAAGGAAUGAACACACUCAUGAGCAUGCCUCGCACCCCAGCACACCCUCACCGCACCAUGAACUUUGCCAAGAUGGGAGUGCUUAAGUUAUUCAGUUCUAGUAUGUCACUCUGUGAGCCUUCUUCUCGGAAAUUAACUCUCACCCCAGAAAAAAAACACAAGCCUUUCUUGCUUCUCGAUCACACAGUACAUAUUCAAACGGGUGAUACUGGAACUGGAGAGACCACCCACCAUCCUAGAGAGUCCACCAACAUGAGAACACAGACAGUAGCUUCCUACUUCAGAUAUUCCCUAAUGGACCUGCUAUCCAAGAUGGUGGCGGGACAGCCCCACUUUGUGCGCUGCAUCAAGCCCAACAAUGACCGGCAGGCCAGUAAGUUUGACCGGGAGAAGGUGCUGGUGCAGCUGCGUUACACAGGUGUCCUGGAGACAGCUAAGAUCCGCCGGCAGGGCUACUCUCACCGCAUCCUCUACGCCAACUUUGUCAACAGGUACUACAUACUAGCUUUCCAUGCGCACAAAGAGCCAGAUUCGAGCCCAGAGACUUGUGCAGCUAUAUUGGAAAAAGCCAAACUGGAAAAUUGGGUCCUGGGCAAAACGAAAGUAUUUCUGAAGUACUACCAUGUGGAGACCCUAAACCUGAUGGUGAGGCAGACCAUAGACCGCAUCGUUCUGGUCCAGGCCUACGUCCGGGGCUGGCUGGGGGCCAAACGUUACCGCAAAAUACUGGAGAAGAGAGCACAGAGCGCUGUGGCCAUACAAUCAGCGUACAGAGGACAUAAAGUACGGAGGAGAUGUGCUGAUGAUAAAUUAAGCAAAGCCAAGUUUGAGACCUUCAUCACCCAGUUACAGGCUGUUUUCCGAGGACACCUCGCCAAGAGGAAGUACAAGGAGUUGGUGGAGGAAAAAAAUAAAGCAGCAGCCAAGAUUCAGGCCCAUUACAGGGGACACCGGGAGAGGAAGAGUUUCAAAAAGAAAAGGGAGGCCAUUGAGAAAGACAGGAUAGAGAAAGAGAGGAUCGAAGCUGCCAAACUGGAGGAGGAAGAGAUGGCCAAAUCUGCCGUGGUCCUCCAGAGUAAUUACAGAGGCUAUAAGGAGAGAAAGAAACUCAGGGAGCGCCACAAGACACUGUCCGGAGAUGAUUUGAGACUAAGGUCACCCUCACCUGUGGAGUUGGAGUCUGCUAUUGUCGAGGAGGAUGAAGAGGAGGAGCAGGAGUUUGCAGUGGAAAAGGAAGAGGAGAAUGGGUUGACCGAAGUUGCGGAGGAGGAGGAAGAGGAUGAAGACACGGCCAAGGCGGAAGAGGACGACGACGAUGAGCACACUGAAGUGGGUGAAGAGCUGGUGGAUGAGGAAGACACAGAAAUUGACGAGCAACAGAAUGCAGAGCGAGCAGAAGGGGAGGAGGUUAACCCGGAACAGGAAGCUAAGGCAGCUACAGUUCUCCAGAGCAACUUCAGGGGCCACAAAGAGAGGAAGAGGCUGGUUGAAGAAGGCAAGAUCCCAGCAAGGAAACAGAGAGUUAUGAGCCCAACUGAAGAUGAGACCGCAAAGGUAGAAGGUAUGUCAAAACCAGAAGCAAUGUCAAAGGUUCCAGAGACAGCAGCCGUGUCUGCAGGAAUGGAAGAGAAGGGGGAAGUAGAUGAGGUCAAGGCAGCAACGGUCAUCCAAAGUAACUUCCGUGGCCACAAGGAGCGCAAACGCCUGCAGGAGGAAGGAAAAAUCCCCAAGAAAAAGAAGGCGAAAGAGGCCAAAGAACAACCCAAACAAGAACUAGUCCAGCCACAGGAGCCAACGCUAGAACCCCAACCAGAGCCGUCCACCGCAAGCCAGUCGGAGCCAGACGAGGAAAAAGCUGCCACCGUUCUGCAGAGCAAUUUCAGAGGACACCGGGAUAGAAAGAAAUUCAAGGAGGAGAGAGAACGGGUCAAAAGGAGCAAGGAGGAACCCAUGGUUGAGGAACAGGAGGAAGGAUUGAAGGUUGAGGACAGGGUUGUGGACCUCACCGAUGUAGAGCUGGUUCGCAUAGAGGAGACAGAGUCUCAGGGAGGGGAUAGGUAUGACGAGGAGCAGGCAGCGGUGAAGAUCCAGAGCCAGUUCAGGGGCUACAAGGACAGGAAGAACCUGAAGGCCACAGCCCAGAGAGAUACGGAGGAGCUGGAGGUCUUUUCUAAAGAGGUCACAACGUCUUCCCAGAACUACAUGAGCCUCCAGCAGAAGCUGAACGAGAUCAUCCUGGCCCACCAGAUAAACCCAGCCAAUAACGGCAUGUUUGUCAAAGGGCAGGCAGUCAAUGGCUUUGCCGCCAACCAUCAGCAAUCAGUCGAUCUGAAAGUGUGUCGGACGCCUCGCAGAACCCAGCAGCCAAAGACGCUCAACACCCCUGAGGACUCUACGUACUACAACCUCAUCCAUAGGUCUGUCCAGGAUGACAAGCGCAGGCCACGGAAACAAGGUCCUGGGAAGCUGCUGGACGUAGAUGACCAGUACUACCAGGGCCUCCCCACCAGUAGGUCCACCGGUGCCAUAGCCGGAGACAGACGCACCUCUCUCACCAGACGAGCAUCUCUCGAGAGGAGGCAGUCUAUCGAACAGAGGCGGUCUAUAGAGAGGAGACAGUCUUCUGCGAGGAGACAGUCUUCUGACAGGAGGCAGUCAACAGCUGCAGACAGAAGUCCACAGACAAGAAGACAGUCUGCAGCCGCCGACAGGAGGCAGUCUACUGACCAAAGACAGACUGCAGCUGCAGACAGAAGUCCACAGACCAAAAGACAAACUCCAGACAGGAGACAAUCGAGAGAGAGGGCAGUCUCCGAGCCAGCAGAUAAAAGGCACUCCGUUCCCAGACUGCCCUCUGCAGAGGGCCAGGACGACAACCCUUAUGACUACAGAAAGCUCCUGAGAAAGACCUCCCAGAGAAGAAGGCUCAUCAAACAGUACAGAGACUGAGCAGUGCCCUUCUCAACGGCCUACUCCAUUUAAAGCAAAUUGGCAUAAUACCUCCCUGUAUGUGACACCGCCAGAAGCAUGCCAUAACAUCUGACAUAAUGCGACAUGAUAGUUCAUUACUGUUGACUUUUGUUAACAUCUGACCAACCCUAUUUGAAUGUCUAAUGAGUUGCGUUCUAUGAUAGUGCUGUGUCAGCUGUUAUAAACUAACAUUGGUUUUCAUAAAAUGUCAUGACAGCUGGUAUGUUUUGCUUACGGCAUUGUUAGGACGGUGUUGCGUCAAGCCACUUCCCUGUAGUUACCAGGUUGAGUUUGGGGCCUAUACAUAGCAGAUGGCGUCACGAACGGGUUAACUUUGUCAGUCUGUAAAUACUUGCGUCAGGCUCUUCUAAGAAGCAGAUUUGUUGUAUCUACUUUAAACAAUGCUGGUAAGCUUCAUUCGCUGCUGAUAAUGUGUUCUGUAUCCUUCAAAAUGUAUAUGAAAGGAAUUGAAUGUCAAAAGAGAUAGAGAAUAGAAAUGGAGUGGUAUGUGGUGCAGGCCAUGAAGGCUCUACCUCUAGGAUCUGUUUCAGUGUAUUGUGAUCGAUUUACAACAGGUUUACUACUAUUGAUGUCCAUGAAUAUAAAGUUGGAAGGAAAAUGUGGUCCUAUGUCAUUUAUGGUGAUGCACAGUGGGUUAUCAAACGAGGGUUCGUGGUGAUCAUUGGCUGUAGGCAGCUUACGUUCCUGAAAUUCACUGCAUUGGUACUAGCAUUGUUUAUUAGUGUAUGGGUUUGUGAUGUACAGUAUGUUGAUAUGAAUGCUUCAUUGCUGCUUGAAUGGUCAAUAUUAUCAACUCAAACAUCAUUUUAUUACUGUUGUGAAGUGUAAAUAUACAGAGCAUUACAGAUACAUGUAAAAGGUCAACGCUAAUUUGAAUACAUAAAUUGACCUGUAGACCGUAGUGUUUGUCGUACCAUCAGACCAAAUGUAAUGUCAUAUCGGUUUGUAACGCAAUAACUGCACCAUUUGAGGUUGCAAUGAUCUGUCUUUCAAUUGCAAUGUGUGUUAUUACAGUUGAUUACCAACCACGCUUAGUACUUUAUCUUGUUUAACUUUAAUUAAGUGGCUGUCUACAUAUUUGGGUCUUUUAAAAUACAUCAUUUAUAAUUUAUCAAAUAGUGUGUGCAUAUGUCAUUGCUCUCCUUGGUGUGACAUACAGAAACCUCUGAAGGGCAGAUAGGCUGCUGUACUUCCUGAUAAACUAUCAGUCCCUUUCUGCAUUUCCUGUUCAUAUUUUUUUCGUCUUUAAGAGUAACUGUCCGUCUGUCUGCCAAGCCCCAUCCUUCGGCUUACCUUCCAUGUGGCUCUAACCAAUUAACUCUAUUAAUUAAGAGAGCCCUUGGGGAUGUUGACAGCUUGCCCUGACAUGGACAUUUUUGGGGAAAGUUGUGAAAAGUAGUGCACCGUACCUGGGAUCUGGUGUUAGGAGGGGGUUUGAAUGUCGACCCCAAUGUAAGUGUUCUGAUACACAGAAAGGGUUUUAAAACAGAUUAGAAGUACUUUGAAACACCCAAAGUGGUUCUUUUAAUCUGAAUAUUGGUUUUGUGAAAACAGUUUUGGGGUUUUUAGUGCAUGUAAAAGGCAGCAUAAAAAAAUACACAAUCAAAAUAGUUAAGAAAUGCAAAUUAUUUAUAGCCUAAAUAUUGAUUGAUGAGGACCUGUGGAGAAUAUUUUUAGUGGAAUCUACCUUUUUUCAAUGCUUUAUUUAGACUGGAAACAGGAGGAGAUAGAGAAUGAGUGAACGUGGGACAGGCAGAAGUAAAAAUUGAACCCUCAAAGAAUUCUGGGGCAGUAAGAUGGUACAUUUCAUUUGAAUUUUAUUGAAGUUUUACAAACUCUACCACCCCACCACAAAAAGAUUCUAGGGUGAAUUG